UGGUGUCAGUACUUAAGGGGGUGUGAAAGAGAGCGCUAGAGAGGGAAGGAGAAAGGGAGGGAGAAAGAGUAAGCGAGAGAGAGACCGAGAGUAGGAGAUCUAGAAAGAGAGAGAGUUUAAGAGGGUCUACGUAAAUUCAUUAGCAAAAAGGGGAAAUCAAAUUUGGUCCAGACUCUCUUAGUGAACGACCAACACACUUGUAGGAGGCUAUCAUAUCUGCCUGCAGACUUAACCAGUGGAUAUCAAUUCUCCUGUCCAUCCUGUGUGUGUGUGUACCACCAUGCCAUCCUACACAGUGACGGUGGCUACAGGAAGCCAGUGGUUUGCAGGGACUGAUGACUACAUCUAUAUCACCCUGGUGGGAACAGAGGGAUGUAGUGAGAGGACUUUACUGGACAAACCACUCUACAACGACUUCGAGAGAGGGGCGGUGGACUCGUAUGAUGUGACGGUGGGGGAGAACCUGGGAGAGAUGGAGCUGGUGAAGAUAGAGAAGAAGAAGUACUGGGUUCAUGAUGACUGGUACUGUAAGUACAUCACAGUGAAGACCCCCUUUGGAGACUACGUAGAGUUCCCCUGCUUCCGCUGGCUGGUGGACGACAAGGAGGUGGUCCUCAGGGACGGCAAAGCACGGCUGCCAAAGGAUGACAAGACCAGACUGGUGAAGCAACACCGACACAAAGAGCUGGAGAGCAGAAGGAAAAUCUACAGAUGGAGGGAGUGGCAGCCUGGGAUUCCUAUGAGUAUAGAUGCCAACGCUCACAAAGAGCUUCCCAGAGACAUCCAGUUUGACAGUGAGAAAGGAGUCGACUUCAUACUCAACUACAGUAAGGCCAUAGAGAACCUGUGUGUUAACCAGUUCAUGCACAUGUUCCAGUCCUCCUGGAAUGACUUUGCUGACUUUGAGCGGAUCUUCGUCAGGAUCAAAAACACCAUCUCAGAGUAUGUGAUGGAGCACUGGAAAGAGGAUUUUAUGUUUGGCUACCAGUACCUGAACGGCUGUAACCCAGUGAUGAUCCAGAAGUGCACCAAGCUGCCAGAGAAGUUCCCCGUUACACACGACAUGGUGGCAGACUGUCUGGAGAGAGAGAUGACUCUGGAGGAGGAGAUCGAGGCUGGUAACAUCUACAUAGCAGACUAUGAGUUGAUGGAAGACAUCAGUCCCAACAGUACAGACCCCUGUACUCUACAGUACCUGGCUGCUCCUAUCUGUUUGCUGUACAACAACAGCCAGAGCAAGAUCCUGCCUCUGGCCAUACAGCUGGGUCAGACUCCAGGGGAGGACAACCCUAUCUUCCUGCCCAGUGAUGGUCAGUAUGACUGGAUGCUAGCUAAGAUCUGGGUCCGCUCCUCUGACUUCCACAUCCAUCAGACAGUCACACACCUGCUGAGGACUCACCUGGUCUCUGAGGUGUUUGGAGUGGCCAUGUUCAGACAGCUGCCUGCUGUACACCCUGCUUAUAAGUUGCUCCUUCCUCACAUUCGUUUCACCAUUGCCAUCAACACCAAGGCCAGAGAGCAGCUCAUCUGUGAGUUUGGCAUCUUCGAUAAGGCGAACGGUACAGGAGGUGGAGGUCAUGUAGAGAUGCUCCAGAAGGCUAUGAGGUCACUGACCUUCAGGUCUCUGUGUUUCCCUGAUGCCAUUAAGGCCCGCGGGGUGGACAGCCCUGAGGACCUACCCUACUACUACUACAGAGAUGACGGGAACAGGGUCUGGGAUGUCACCAAGAGUUUUGUGUGGGACGUGGUGUGUAUCUACUAUGACAGUGAUGACACAGUACAGAAGGAUGAGGAGAUCCAGGCGUUUGUUAAAGAUGUCUGCAGCUUUGGGAUGCAGGACCUUGACUGCUGUGGGUUUCCCAAGUCCCUGAAGACACGCGAGGAGCUCACAGAGUACCUGACUGUCAUCAUCUUCACUGCCUCUGCACACCACGCUGCUGUCAACUUUGGACAGUAUGACUGGUGCUCUUGGAUCCCCAAUGCGCCCCCCACCAUGCGUAAGCCCCCUCCCAGACAGAAGGGGGUGGUAGAUGUGAAGUUCAUCAUCCAGAGUCUCCCUGACCGCGGCCGGUCCUGCUGGCACCUAGGGGCCGUCUGGGCCCUCAGUCAGUUUCAGGAGAACGAGCUGUUCCUGGGGAUGUACCCAGAUGAGCACUUCAUAGAGAAGCCGGUGAAGGAGGCCAUGGAGUCGUUCAGGAAGAGACUGGCAGAGGUCAGCAGUGCCAUCAAAAUUCGCAACGAAGGCAAGAAACUACCCUACUACUACUUCUCUCCAGACCGCAUCCCAAACAGUGUGGCUGUCUGA